UCACGUUGGGAGAUAACCAGGAAAUCAUGGGUUGUUCGGAGUGACAGAAGAGGAGCAGAUGAUUUAAUCACCAUUUUCCACUAUGUCUCCUUACAAAAUCAGCUCGUUUUUGGUUUUGUUACUUUUUUAUAUUAACACUCUUGUUCCUAGCGAAGGAGUAAACCUUGCUGCCUCAGAUUUAGCGGACAAACUGAAGCUAAGCCCGUCUGCUGCUGCUGGUGAUGUGGUAAACUCUCCGGUGUUUAAGCCUGCUGUGAACUCCCUCUUCUCCCUCAACCUGCUGUCUUUCCCCGAAGACUUGGAGAUCAGCAACUACUGCAUCGAGCUGCUGAAGAUAUUCGGGCAGCGGUAUGUCACCUAUGUGGACUGUCUGGUGUUGGCUGCCCGACCUGUUAAAGUCUGCCAGAACUGUUUCUCCAGCUAUGGCAGCCUCACAGAAAUCUACCAGAACAUCUCAUCAGACCAGAUGGGUCCUGGUAAUGUGAGCUGCAGGGACAGCCUCCUGCGCAGUGAUCGGCUCAUGCUGGUUUACCUGCUGAACGCCAACCUGGAUGACAUCUGGGAGAAAUCCAACUGUCACAACUGCAUCACUGAAGGAUUCCAGAGCCUGACCAAUGACACGCUGUACUUCAUGAGCACCGUCAACCAAACUCUCAGCUGCUUCGAGAAGUAUCAACAUGGGAACAAGACAGAGCUGUGCACGGACUGUAAGAGCACAUACAGGGGCCUGAAUGAGCUGUACGGCAGAAUGGAGCAGAAUCAGACAAUGUGUAUUGACAUAGAGGAUUCGAUGAACAUGACUCGCAGACUGUGGAGUAAGAACUUCAAUUGUUCCUUCCCCCGUGAGGAGACGGUGCCUGUCAUCGCUGUGUCCAGCUUCAUGCUCUUUCUGCCCAUCAUCUUCUACUUGAGCAGCUUCCUUCACUCCGAACAAAAGAAACGCAAGCUCAUACACCCUAAGCGGGCAAAGUCGUACGCCAGCCUGAUGAACAUUCAGGACAAAUUGAGCUGAGGAGGAGACAGGUUCCAAAAGAAGACAGCUUUAUUUAUUUAGGAGAAGAUUUGACCCCUCAUCAUCUUGUGCCUGAGGUUUGAAUGUAGAAUGAGGACUGAACUACAGCACCCCCUUGGGUUUUUUUUUUCAGGAGGAUGAUGAUUGGUUGAUACCAAUAAGUAUUCAGGGGACUCCAAGGAUCUAGAUAAAUUAAAAUGAAAGUAGCACAUUAAACAUUUGCUUUCAUACCUUUAAAAAAAUUCUUCUCAAAAUGAGGCAGAAUUCAUAUUUUCAUGGCUUUUUUAGCAAAAGAAGCAAAUAAAUUCAACACAGACUGUUCGAGAUCCGCUUUAUUUGUUUAAAUUGCGUGACAUUUUGGAUCGUUGAUGGAUUUUUAAGUGGACUCGGAGUAUAUUAACUUUAUAAACUACUAAUUAGAUGGUUGUUUAUGUUGCUGCACUGAUCCUGGCCUCUCUUUCCUUUCAAUUUGUUAACAAUCUUCACGUUGUUCGGCACAUCCUGCAGCCUGAGACACACAGAUGUGACUAGAAAGAGUGAGUGGCGUGUGUGCGUGUGCGUGUGCGUGUGCGUGUGCGUGCGUGCGUGCGUGCGUGCGUGUGUGUGCGUGUGUGAGAGUGAGUAAGCUGACGUGUGUGUGUGUGUGCUCUUCUAUUUAUGGGUUGAGAAAUGGGUUUUCUGUCUCUAAUGUAUGUCUGGAAGAGAGCUGCAGAAAAAGGAAGCACUUGAUGUCCAUUAGUGCUGACAUGUAUCUGCUGUAAGAAGGGGGGGGCACAUCAGCGGGGUGGGGCGAGUAAAUAAAGACAUAACACACAUAAUGUAAGAGCACUCCAGAGUAGCACACUGUGAUGUUACCUGUUUUCCAGUCACUGUUUUUGUGGUUGCAUAAAGCUUUUAAUGUGCUUUGUUGUCAUUUCCCACUGAUGUUUAACUCAAUUUGUUAAGGAGUUUCUGACUGCUCCUCCACCUUUAUGAGUGUUGAAUUGAUUUCUAUUAGAAAUGCAUUUGCGGUGAAGUAAUGUAAACCCUAAUUAAUAAUGCAAAAGCCCAAAUAAAUAUUUUUUAAGUCAGAAACGACCUGCAGAUACUGUAUGUGUGCUGUAAUUUAACCACGACCAGUUUUAUUCUGAUUGUAAUUAAGUGGUGAAAAGUAACUAAGUAUAUUUUCUCAAGGACUGUCCAGUACUUAAGUGCAAUACUACUUAACCCUUGUGCCUUAAUUUAAAAUGUUCUUCCCAUGUCAAAAACUGCCAGAAAAUUAUAUUUUAAAAUGAUUUUCCACUUUCAGUCAAUUAUAUAUAUUUUAACCAAUUAAGUCCUUAUCAUAACUACAAAAUAUUCAUUAAUUCUCACACACAUCAACCCUUUAAAUGCCUGUUUGUUUGCAGAAUACCAAUGCUCUCAUUAAAAAGAAAUCACAAAAAUGUAAGUAUAUACUAAAUACUUGGGAAUCUCUUUUUUUUUUUCAUAGUUCGGGAUAUGUCAACGAUUAGCAACAAAAUGCAUUUUUCUGUCCUUUUCUUUUCUUGCACUUGUUACCUCAGAGAACCUGUUAGUUGAUUUUGUCUGAAACUGGUGGAAAAUAUAGUAAAAACUGUCAUUUUGAAGCUGAGGCUCUGAUUAUAAGCCUGAAGAAAAUGCAUGGUUUUAUGAAUGAAUGCAAUAAUUUGCUAAUCCCUUGCUAAACAAGCACAGCUGCAGAAACUAGAAGCUGUGACCUUUCAAAUGAAGCCUCACACAUGCAUUGUGGUCUUACAGUUCUUCUGUUAAAAGCUUUGGCUCAAAUUUGUUUUGGUGAAAUCCUAACCCUUCCCCUACAACUAAACCUUGAUAAACUUUUGUGUUUUUAAA